AUGGAGCAGAGGCUUUGCAAGGAUCUCAGGUCGAACCUUGAGGGUUUGACGUUGGACAAUCAGAGAAAGGAAUGUUCUGAAGACCUCGGUGUUGAAGGGAUGCAUGUUGGCGGGUCAGGUCAGUUCUUAUAUUCCAGUUUCUUUCUACAUGUUGAUGUGGGUGAGGUAAAGGCUGGUGUGGAGAUCUCAAUUGUUGAAGUUGUUCUUGAGGCUGAUAUUGUUGUUGCUGAGGCUGUGAAGUCGCUGGGAAGAGAUGUCGAGUUUUACAAAAAUAUCUAUCAAACCGGAGAAUCCGUGGAGGCUUCAUUGUGUUUAUCGUUGGAUAAAGAAGAUCUUUCUUGUAAUGAGAUUGAGUUUCUGAAAGAUACAUCAGAGGGUUGUUAUUAUCGGGUGACUUUACCAUGGCGCAGACUGAGGAGGCCUGUCAAGGAUUUGAGAUAUCGAGUCAAAUCCAAUAACCUUGCUCCUAGAGCGGGUCCACAAGUGAUUGUGGAAAUAAAGUGGGACAUGACGAAUGAAAGUGAUGGUAGCUACUCGGCUGAUGUCACAAUCUCCAACUAUUUCAAGGAUAACGACAGAAUAUUCUCGCCAUGGAAAUUAGCGUGGUUAUGGACCAGACAAGAAACACUGGUGAGCACUUUGGGUGCUAAUGCGAAAGAAACACAACACGGCUUUAUUUCUUUCACUGACGACGAUAACACGUACUGCUUGAACAACGUGACCUUUGUGGACUUACCGUCACAAAAUAAUGGUAACUGCAAAGGAGGUGUGGUUGUUCCGGGGUUUAGAAACGCUGACGUCAUGACAGAUAACUCAACUUCAUUUCAGAUUACUGUUAGCCAUUACAAUAGAGUAUAUCAUGCGCAGCCUGAUGUAGGGUUGGAAUACGAAAGUAGAUGUGAUACAUUGAAGCGUGUAACUAAUACUCCUGAUUAUCUGAGCGGUACUGUGAUUCUUCCGCGGUUAACAAAAGCUGACCUUGCGAAAAGCUCAACUUCGUUUCCGGUUUCUGUUAGCCAUUCUAAUAGAGGAUAUCGUACGCACUAG